CAAUGACAAUAUUUUGACGCCGACCACUCUUCUGGAUAGACAUUGCCCUUGGCUUUUUCUCUGGCUCAAAAGUCCUUUGUCCUCUCUGCAAGUCAGGUUGUGCAUAGUGUACACAACGCACAUGCUCCUAUUAUUAAACGUAGAGCAGCUUUACCCUUAGAGACUUGAUCUGCUAUUUUCAAUUCCACUGCCUGCGAGUGCUUUCUUCAUUCAUUCAUUCUAGGUUUCAGCACGCACAUCAAAUUUGCUCAUACACUGAUGGGCAACUCUUGCGGAUGCUGUAACCCUCCACCUCCUAAUAACAACUCUCCUAACCCCAAUCAAUCCCCUGCUACUCCUCAUCCUCAUCUUUCUUCGCCUUCUCCUUCCCUGGAGUCGGUCAUUCAUACAAUUAGUCAAUCCCUUGGGAAUGAAAACCCAACUCAAAAAAUCGGUCUGCUUAUCCGGUUUAUAGAUAAUAUGCUAUUGAAAAUAAAGGCCCCUUCACAACACGGGGCAUCAACCUCUUCUUCUGGUAUUCAAGUUGAAUCUGUAGCUUGGAGCACCAGAGCUGCUUCUGACAUCAUAGAUAUCAUUUCAAGAGAAGCUAAUGAAUUAGAGAAAUCGGAAGUAGCGAAAGAACUGGGAAGAGUGGCUUUAAAAGCAGUAAAACUAGUGGGAGAGUCUCACUGGAUAUUCCUGGGAUUGUCUAUGGCAGCAUAUGCCCUGGAGAGAUGCUUAACGGUGACUUCCAAUCUGUUGGAGUACAAGGAGCUAUUGGAGAAAAUUGUUCAUCUAGCAAAAGAUGUGGAGAAGCUGGGACAAACAAUUCCUCGCGACAAUGAAAGACUAUGUUGUGCCGUGCAAGUAAUAGUAGAAGGUACAGUCUUGUGUUGUGAUUACAGCACUCAAGGAAAGCUAUCGAGGUACUGGAAUGCCGAUGUAAUGCAGUCUCAACUUGAGAAGACCAGUAAGAGUAUACAAGAUAUUACAUCAUCUCUUACUCUCACCACUGUUGUAGACAUUAAAAGGCAAGUUACACUGCGCAUAGAGGAAUCUCCACAGAAGCUCCUCGACUUCAAGCCAGAAGGAAUAGCGGAGAAAGUAACACAGGUGAAGGAAAUGGUGGAUUUGGAAGGCAGUGAAGCAGUUGCAGCUCUCAUAUUGUGGGGGUUCGGAGGUGUUGGUAAGAGUGUUUUGGCCUCAACAGUCAUUCAGGAGUUGGAUUGUCUUUCCAAAGGUUUCAAAUUUUGUAGGGUCAUAAUCGAUGAGAAAACCGCAGACAGGGCAUCUCACAUCAAGCAGCUGCAAAAAGAUAUCAUUUAUGAUUUUGGGGGUGGCAAAUUAGAUUUGCGAAAUACAGAGGAAGGGCGACAACAAGUGCAACAAGUUGUGCACAACCAAUGUUGUUUAUUAUUUAUUGACAACGUGGUUGACUCUUCUUAUAUCAAACAACUCUUACCAACACAUUUUUCGCAAAUAGAAGGAAAGGCCGGUUCAGUGCAGGCAAGCAGAGAGGCGAGGUUAAGGAUAGUCAUAACCUCUCGACAAAACAAUAUCAAACAACUGUUAAAUAUCAAAAAGUUGUCUGAUUACCAUGUAGAUCGGCUGUCAGACACUGCUGCCAAAAUCAUCCUGCGUAAAACAAUUUUGGGUGGAGAUCAAGAUGAAAGCCAAGUCAAUUGCGACUUUGAUGAAGAGGGGCGUAUAACUGCCAUUGCGGAGGCCUGUAGAGGUGUCCCACUACUUUUGUCUGUGUUUGGAAAUUACUUGAGGGUUGAAAGGGAUCAGACUAUUUACAAAGAAGUCUUGGAAGCUCUUGAGAAAGGAGAUUUUGAUAAAUUUACUGAUGAAGAGAACCUGAGUGAAAGGCUCAUGUUUGUGUAUAAUAAAAUGAGAGAUCUAGAAGCCAAAGAGGCAUUUCUUGAUAUUUGUAUAUAUUUUCAUGGUUGGUUAUGGGAAGAAGUUGCUGUCAUUGUAGGUUCAGGUAACCUUGAAAUUCUCGAGAAAAGAGUAGGGUUAGUAAAGAGAAAUAAUAAAGGGGAAGUGAUUGUUCAUGAUAUCCUUAGGUUGAUGGGAAAUAAAAUGGCAAAGGAAACUAGGAUUACAAAUUAUAGGGAAUUCUCAGCUGUGGUGGAAGAUGAAUAUAAGCUAAAAAAUAUGAAAGGCGUCUCUCUUAUGGACAAUACAAGUUUAGCUACAAUUGAAUCUACAGAUUUAAAUGCCAUGCGUCAUUCUUUGAGGGUCCUAAGGCUUGGCGAUUGGGUGAUAAUAAAUGGCGUAUGCGAUCGAGCUUUUACAGAACUCAGAUAUCUGCAAGUGGGGGACCUGACUACUUUUGCCUUUACAGAUGCUUCCGAAAUGGAGAAGCUCGCACGUUUGUACAAUAAAUCGAAGACGGGCAUGGAUUUCCGUGAGCUUCCUCGGGCUCUAAAGGCUAUACAUUACGAAAUUCAAUAUCCAGGUUGCGAGGAGCUUGCAACACUUCCAGUCGAAAAUCUGAGAACUUUGAAAAUGUUUUCAGUGGAUUCCAGCAAACCGGUAAAACUUCCAAAAGGGUUCAAGCUUCCUGCAUCUCUAGAAUGGCUGUGGUUAGUCGGAUGCAGAAAAUUACCAGAAACAUUCAGCCACUUAACUAAUGUUCACUUUCUCAAUCUGAGUAAAUGUGAUUUCGAAUCUUUGCCUGAAGGAUUCGGACAACUUACUGGAUUGAAAAAAUUGUUUAUGAAUUACUGCCCCAAUCUGAAAUAUCUCUCAGAAGGAUUCGGCUCAUUGUGUUCAUUGACCGAGUUGACUGUAGAGGGAUGCACCUGUUUGGAAAUAUUACCUGUUGACUUUGGAAGGUUGACUGCACUGCAAGAGCUUCGGAUGGGAAAAUGUGAUAGUUUGAGGACACUGCCUGAAGACUUCGGUGGCUUAAUUUCUCUGCAAUCUUUGGAUAUAGCGGGAUGCAUCAGCUUGGAGCGAUUGCCAGAAAGUUUUUCGAGGCUUUCCAUAAAAUCUCUAGCUCUGGAAUCGUUGCUUAGUUUAAGUGAACUUCCGGAAAGCAUUGGAAAAAUGUCGUCUCUCACUCGCCUUAUAGUAAAAUCUUGCAACUCGUUAACUACUCUUCCCAAUAGUCUUGUGCAAUUGAAAAUGUUAGAGUAUUUGAAAAUAACUAAGUGCAUUAAGCUUAUUGCUCUUCCGAAGGACUUUGGCCAGCUAAGUUCCUUAACCCACUUGAUUGUGAAAGAUUGCCCUGUUCUGAAGGAGUUGCCUGUUGGGUUUCAAGAACUUCCCGCAUUGAACAUACUAGAGUUGAGAAGAUGCGGCAACAUAGUCAAUCUUUCGCCUGGCUUCGGCGAGCUCAACUGUUUGGAACAGUUGUACAUUUACAGCUUGCCCUUGUCGAGUCUUCCGAAAGGAUUCGGCAAUUUGAAAAGGUUAAGGAACUUAGAUAUAUUGAACGGAUUCAAAUUGGAAACAUUGCCGAAGGAUAUAGAAAAUUUGGUCAGCUUGAGGACACUGCGUAUGAGCAUAUGUCCCAUGUUGGAUGCGGCAACUAUGGAGAGAAUAGUGAAAUUGCAGAAUUGUUCUUUAGUGCGUAUAUACUCAAGCACUAAAUUGACUGAAUGGUGGGAAGAGAUGCAGGACAAGGAAGAAUAUCCUAUGCUGGUUUGGACGAGGGAGGGGUAUCCUUCCAUUAAGGAUGAGGAUGCUGCGGAUUGGCAAAGGGCUGCGAGAGUGGCCUUGUUUAGUCUGAAUCCAUGCAAAGAGUUGAAUGGCAGCAGUGAUGAACUGAUGGAUCGCUCUUCCAUCGCCAUAGAUGUGGACACAACUGUUGCACUCAUUUCUCUCCCUUUUCACUUGCAAUCCCAUCAUGAAGAUCGUUUGAAAAAUAUGUGUGAAUUGGCAAAGAAAAGAUCAAGGACAGCAUGUUCAGGGCAGCUUCAGAUUCUUAUUUGUCUCAAAGGAAUUGAAUUGGAUAGACAGAGAGUAAGUGCAGAGGAAGAGGAAGAGAACAUUAGAAAAGCUCUGAAGUGGCUGCCACAAGGAUCAUGUGCCAUUCCUGUCGUCGACAUCAGACGCCGUUUCUUAGUUAAGGAAGUCUUCUUUCGGUCUUAUUCUGAAGAAAGCAAACUUGUGUGUUUCAUGGCGGAUGUCCGGGUGCACGGUAAGAUGAAAUUUGAGGACGGCGAAACAGUGGGGGAAGAUGACAUUUCAGAAAAGCUGAAACAAAAUUUUCACCAGUCAGAAAUCGAGGAGGAAAGCGAGACCCCUGACGAGCUACUAGAGUGUUUAAAACUUGUUUGCAACAGCGAAGGAGAAGAAAGCGAGAGGUCCGUCCAAUUCCCAGGUCCAGCAGAAGCAAGCAUGUUUAGAAUGUUGGCACAAGCAUUGAAGAGAAAGGGCAUACAUCACUUCAUCGACUGCAAUCUGAAGGAGGUUGAUAUAAAUCAAUUAGAUGGAAACGAUACAUGUCUCUUUAUAUGUGAUUUAAACACUUUAGCACAUACAAAAAUACAACAAAUCUGUAAGAAUCUUCAAAGCUUCAAUUUUCAAGGUGUUUGGAUUCCUCUAUCAAGCAAUGAAAAGUGUGGAAUUGGCACUUAUAUAAGGACAUAUGGAUACGUGUCUUUGGUAGCUCUUCUCGAUCCUCUAAUAAUUCAAAGCAUCAAAGAAAUAGAUGCAUAUUUUAUUCUUUUCGACAAAGAAGGAAAAAUGAUUUUUAGAGCUCCACUAUCACUUGUGAUGUCAUGGGACAUAAAAGUACAUUCAUUUAUAGAAUCUGAAAUAACCAAAGUCGUCUCCAAGCUAAAUGACAAAUCAGCUCUAGAAUUUCUUCUAGAAGACAUGGAUAUUUUAGACCAUGAAGGAGAUAAAGUGGAGAAACAAUUAUUUAACAAGAAACCUAUAUUUUUGUAUGUUGAACGUCCAGUUCACAAGCUUAGAAUGAAAUGUGAGUUUGACCAAUUACUGCAAGUGCAUAAAUAUUUUCAAAUUUUAUAUAUAGGGCACUACUCUAUCAUGGAGUAAAUAGAUAUGGAAGCAUUCAAAAAGGUCUAUGAAGAUUUCACAGAAAAAAUGCAGUGGCUCAAAAUUUCAUUUUGUGAUAUGGUGAAGUUUUGGUAUAGGUGUCAAUUCUUAUCAAGUAAUUUUGCAAAGAAAUUAAAUUUUCCUUUUAGACUUACAAAGCUUCUGAAGCAAUUAUAUGUUGAGAAGAGAUGGUUAGUCUUCUUGGAUGGUGAUGGAAUUGUAACUGGAAGUGGCAAAGAGGUAGUGGAUAUUAUGUGUCAAUCAAUUGAUGAAAAUAGAGAUGCCACGGACAUUAUGCUGAAGGAAGAAUUGAUAAAAUCUAGUUUAGAAAGUGGAAAAUGUACAAAAAUAGUGCAAACAUAUUUUAGUGAUGAAAUAUCAAGCCAUCCUCAACAUCCACAGCAUCCUUUGUCAUUAACAACAUCACAAAAUUAUAGGUAUUGUGAUGUUUGUGACUCGUCAUUCAAGGAUGUAUAUUUGGAUCACCAAAGGAUAUAUAGUUGCAAGGAUUGUGACUGGGACUUAUGCAAAAAUUGUUGGAAGCUAUUUGCCAAAAAUAAAGUACAAAGAAUGUGAGACUUUUGAAUGUAUUAUAUGUCAAGUUCACAAAUUUAUAAAUAUUUGUGGUAUAUCUUAUUUUUC